AUGACCUCCCAGAGAGGCGCGUCCGCGCCCACGUCGCCGCCAUCGCCGAACAAAGGACUGAGCCGGAGAUGCUUCUUCGAUACUCGUCGCUACAACGCCUGCUCCGGAUCACUGCGUGGUGCCGUCGCUGGCUGCGGAUCCACGUCAGGACCACCUCGCGCAUGGCCAGCCCGGCUUGAACAGCGCCGACGAGAUCGAGGACUCCCGGAUCUCCUGGUUAAAAUCAUCCAGGCUGAAACAUACAAAGAAGAAACUGAGACACCUGAAGAAUGGAAAGCCUCUGCCGACUCGAAGCUCCCUACUGAAGCUAAGUCCUUUUCUGGACAGUGGGGGGACCUACGCGUCGGCGGGCGCCUUAAACACGCUGCACUGCAGUAUGAUGCCACGCAUCCAACCAUACUACCAAGCAGAUCUAAUUUUACUUGCCUCAUCAUCGACGACUACCACAAGCGGACGCUGCACGGCGGCACCCUGUUGACCUUGUGCUCUCUUCGCCAGGAGUAUUGGGUCCCUCGAGCUUCCCGAGCAGUCCACCUCGACGCGGCCUCGGACUACACCGCUGACGCCUUCCUUGCCGCCUUGCGUCGGUUCGUCGCCAGGCGAGGAGUCUGCCACUCGCUAUAUAGCGACUGCGGCACCAACUUCGUGGGUGCCGAUAAGCAGCUUAGGCAACUAUUUUCCGCCGCCAGUGCCGACGGACAUCGCAUCGCAACCUUCGCCGCCCAGGAAAGAAUCCGGUGGCGGUUCAACCCGCCAGCUGCACCUAACUUCGGCGGUUUAUGGGAAGCUGCCGUGAAAGCGAUGAAGCACCACCUUCGGCGAGUCAUCGGUGACGUCACCCUCACCUACGAGGAGAUGACUACUCUCCUAGCCCAAAUUGAGGCCUGCCUCAAUUCCAGACCGCUGCAGCCGUUGUCUGACGAUCCGGAGGAUGUAGCCGCACUCACACCUGGUCACUUCCUGGUCGGCUCCGCUCUCUCGGCGAUCCCCGAACCGUCGCUCGAACGAGAGCCGUCGGCACGUCUCUCACGGUGGCAGCUCCGCAAAACAUGA